UGAUAUUUGUUUACUCAAUAAAAAUAAUCCCCAAUAAAAAAAAAAGAAACGUUGUCGUUUGGGGUAUUCAUUGUUUCGUUUGGGCCUCCCACGUCAAAUCGGACCACACUAACCAGCCUAAUCAGCCACAUCGCCAUGGGCCAUCUUAACCAGCCACCACCAAAAUCUACCGCCGCCACAUCGCCACCACAGCCUUUCUUACUCCGCCUCGACGCCGCCGUCUCCCUCCACGUCCACAACCUCACAAAACCCUUCGCCCCACGCCUACUUCUCCGCUUCCUCGAGCUCCUCGCCGACUUCCGCUUCUUCUUCCCCGUCUCCGUCGCACUCCUCCUUGCCUGUCCUUACUCCUCCCCUCUCCGCCGCCACCUCUUCCUCCCCCUCGCUCUCUGCUCCCUCCUUGACCUCAUCUUCAUCGCUCUCCUCAAACUCAUCGUGCGCAGAUCCCGCCCGACCUACUCCCACCACGGCGACUACAACGCCGUCGUUCCCGUCGACCAUUUCUCCUUCCCCAGCGGCCACUCCUCCAGGGUCUUCUUCGUCGCCUCUAUCUUCUCGUUCUCCAAACUCCGCAUGGUUGAUGCUAUCGCCGAUCUUCACCAUCCACGCCUCUUCAUGAUUAUCGACAAUUGGUUCGGCGGCGAAGUGGUCUUCGCCAUUAACGCCGUUGUAACCGCCGUUUGGGCCUGGGCUUCAGCCACCGCCCUUUCUAGGAUCGCUCUCGGGAGGCACUAUGUUCUGGACGUCUUCUUCGGGGCUUGCUUCGGCGUGCUAGAAGCUUUGUUCACAUUGCGAUUCCUCGAGAUUCAAACGUGGAUUUGAGAUUCUGCUCUCUCUAUUUGGUUGCAGUGAAUAGUGUAUGGUUUAUCUACAAUGCGCUAGAUAACGUGUCAAUGCCCAUUCUCUUUAGGAAAUUGCUAGUUGAAGAGACACACUGAGAGAGAGGGAGGUACUUGGUGCUGAUCGGAAAGAAACAAGGCCGAUAUUUUUUGUUUCCUGACAAGUGAAAAUUGCUUUGCCAAAAUGGUUGUAACUAUAAUUGUUUGUAUGAAAAAUUAUUCUUUUUCUGUAGUAUGAUACUCAAGGGCUUCUUAUUGUUUAUUCCAGAUGUCUAGAACCUUUUUCUAUCGAGCAAUGCAACACAACUAGAAAGGCCUAAUCCAAAAUUUUUUUCGAAAAUCAUGGUGCUGGCUGGAUGAUGUGAUUUUGGUUGAGCAAACAUUUCUAGUAUAGUGUGUGCGUGUUUUUUUCU